GAUUGGUUCGAGAAGGCCGAGAUCAACAAGAGCAUGGCCAUCUUCAACGCAGUCGGCCCCGCCAAGCGCCACCCGUUUCAGGUCAGUGGUGGCACCGUGGUUGCGGAACCUCGCGCACAGCGUUUCCGUGGUGCUCUACGCAACGGGAAAGAGUGGAGAACCGUACACCUCAGCCUGGCUAAUGGCGCGCGUGUUCCUUUAGAUGUUUCUGCCGACAAAAGCCCGAAGGCCGUGCGCGCAGAAGUCCAGGUCAAACGCCUCGCCAAGAUCAUGCAGAAUGCUAAGCCAGAAAUCUAUAUACGCCCCCAUCGCACAUUGGGCUACGUGGCGAACCGUGGUGAUGCCCUGGUGCGUCUUACUAUUGGUAGCAACGCGGACACUCCCACAAAGCUCCAGUGGUCCCGUGCAGCAGUCGACCGCGGCUUCGACAACGCCCUCCAGCAGAAAGUCAUUGCAGAGUUCGGGCCCGACUUCGCAGACGCCCUCUCGGCCGCGCAGUGGGUUUAG